UUGUUGUUGCACAGAAAUGCAGGGGAACAACAAAAAUAACUAAAUUUGUUGUUGCAUGGUGCAAAGAGCCGGCAAAACAAACGUAAACGUAAAUCUGAUUGAGGAAACGCAGCAACGCGAAAGAUUCGCCAAAGAAUACACAACAAAAGUGGAGUGAGUUUCUGUGCGUGUGUGCCCGCUCCUGUAAGUGUUGCCCUGUGUGUGUGAAUGUAAGAAAAGAAUCAAAUUAAAACCCCCAACGGCCAAAAUGCCGUGCCAGCAAAACGUCGCGAGAUCGUAAACAAAAUUCUCUGGCCCUCAAAUUACCGCGUAACGUAACCGCUCCCGUAAAUUAGCAGUCGAAACAAUUUCAUUAACAUGGCCCACACGACGAUAACAACGUGGAUUCUGAGUAUAUUCCUGAUCCAGCUGCAGCUGUUGCAGCCUUCAAUUGGCAGUCAAGCCCUCUCGUUCACCCUGGAGCCCCAGGAUGCUGUUGUGCCCGAGGGCCACUCGGUCCUGCUGCAGUGCUCCGGCAGUGCGCCUGCCCGUGGCAAGGGCAAGGCCACGCCCACGCCUGCGACCGUGCGAUGGCGGGGACCCGACGGCCAGGACCUGGGCAUCGUGGGGGACACCUUCCGCUCGCAGCUGAAGAACGGAUCGCUGUACAUCAGUUCGGUGGAGGAGAACCGCGGCCUGACCGGCGCCUACCAGUGCCUCCUCACGGCCGAGGGGGUGGGCAGCGUGCUGAGCCGGCCGGCGCUGGUGGCGAUUGCCCGCCAGCCGGACCUCAACCAGGACUUCAUCGAGACGUACCUGCUGCCGGGACAGACGGCCUACUUCCGGUGCAUGGUGGGCGAGGCCAGCUGGCAGGAGGGCGUGCGGCACUCGGUGCAGUGGUUCCGGGACGACAUGCCCCUGCCCCUGGACAAGCUGCGGAUGGUGGUGCUGCCCAACGGCGCCCUGGAGAUCGACGAGGUGGUUGCCUCCGAUCGCGGCGCCUACCAGUGCAACGUCACCUCGGGCAGCGUCUCCCGCCUGAGCAGCAAGACCAAUCUGAACAUCAAGAAGGCGGCGAGCGAGCAGCCGGGCGGCGAGCAUGCGGUGGCCCCCUCCUUCCUGGUGGGGCCGUCGCCCAAGACCGUCCGCGAGGGGGACACCGUCACCCUGGACUGUGUGGCCAACGGGGUGCCCAAGCCGCAGAUCAAGUGGCUGCGCAACGGCGAGGAGCUCGACCUGAACGACCUCGACUCGCGCUUCUCCAUCAUCGGCACGGGCUCGCUGCAGAUCUCCAGUGCCGAGGACAUCGACUCGGGCAACUACCAGUGCCGGGCCAGCAACACCGUCGACUCCCUGGACGCCCAGGCCACGGUGCAGGUCCAGGUGCCGCCCAAGUUCAUCCAGGCGCCGCGCGACAAGACCGCCCACGAGAAGGAGGAGCUGGAGCUCGAGUGCGCCAUCCGGGGCAAGCCCAAGCCCCUCAUCAGGUGGCUGAAGAACGGCGACCUUGUCACCCCCAACGACUACAUGCAGCUGGUGGCCGACCACAACCUGCGCAUCCUCGGACUGCUCCACUCCGAUGCCGGGAUGUUCCAGUGCGUCGGCACCAAUGCCGCUGGCAGUGUCCAGGCAGCGGCCCGGCUACGCGUCGUCCCACCAGGAGUGAAAAUCAAACAACGCAAACCCCAAGGCCAGUCCACCAAGUCCCUGCAGACCUCCGACAGUCCAGUGAAACGACGACGACCGUACAGCUCGGGGGAGCAGCAGCCGCUGCGCACCAAAUCGGGGGCCAGCCUGCGCUCGACCGAGGACGAGGACGAGGACGGGGACGACGACAGUGCCCAGGACAGUGGGCCGACCACGCGGCUCCUGUACUCCAAGACCCUGCUGGACAGCCUGCAGCACUCGGGGAAGGCCUCACGGCCCGAGCAGCCGCUCAACGAUCGCAACUUUGAGCGGAACGAGGCCAGCGCCCUGCGGCGGGAGAGCAACGGCCACAAUGACAACGACCAAGACGACGACGAUGACGACGAGUACGACGAUGACGAGACGAAGGAGGCACUGAUCGCUGCCUACAAGCACGGCGAUGAUCCCCAGAAAAUACUGGCCUCCUGGCAGAGCAACAAGCACAAGAAAUCCCAGCCACAGCAGCAGCAGAAGCUGCAACUGCCAUUGCCCCCAUCCUUCAAUUUUGCGUCCCCCUCAGAUUCAAGCGAGCAGGAAGCCAACGCCAAUGCCGCCGCCGGCAGUGGAGUGCCACUGAAGAGUCUGGGCAGCGGACUCCUGGCCCGUCUGCCCAGCCAGCCCCGCGACCUGGCCGCCCAGAUAGUCAAGCCGCGGUUCGUCACCCUCAGCUGGGCGGAGCCGCUGCAGAAUGCCGGGGAAGUGGUCUACUACACGGUCUACUACAAGAUGAACAACAGCGAGAGGGAGCAGAAAAUGGUGACCAAAUCGCACGACGACCUGCAGGUGAACAUCCAAUCGCUGCUGCCGGGCAGGACGUACCAGUUCCGUGUGGUGGCCAGCACGAACUUCGGCAGCGGCGAGUCCUCUGCCCCGCUGGAGGUCAGCACCCAGCCGGAGGUGAACAUAGCGGGACCACCGCGGGCCUUCGAGGGCCAUGCGCGCAGUCACAGCGAGAUCUAUGUGCGCUGGGAGGAGCCGGCAGUGACCAACGGAGAGAUACUCAAGUACCGCGUCUACUACUCGGAGAACGAAAGCGGAGCUGAUUUGUACCACGAUAGCACCGCCAUGGAGGCACUGCUCACCGAGCUGCGUGCCUACACGGACUACGUGAUCAGUGUGGUGCCCUUCAAUCGGAAUGGCAUGGGCGAUCCCUCGGCCGAGAUCAAGGUGAAGACGUACUCCGCAACGCCGUCGGAGCCGCCCAACAAUGUCACCCUGGAGGUGACCAGUUCCAGCUCCAUUACCGUUCACUGGGAGCCACCCGCCGAGGAGGAUCGCAAUGGCCAGAUAACAGGCUACAAGAUCCGGUAUCGCAAGUUCAAGGACGCACCGCAGGUGAAGAGCACGCCGGCCAACAUACGCUACUUCGAGCUGAGCGGACUGGACCGCAGUGCCGAGUACCAGGUGAAGAUUGCGGCCAUGACGGUGAAUGGAUCCGGGCCGUUCACGGAGUGGUAUCGCGUCAAUACGCUGGAGAACGAUCUGGACGAGACGCAGGUGCCGGGCAAACCGAUCUGGAUCAAUAUACAGCCGGGAGCGGAGAACAUCGGCCUGCACUGGGGUCCGCCGCAGCAGCCGGAGAUCAAGAUACGCAACUACGUGCUGGGCUGGGGCCGAGGCAUACCCGACGAGAACACCAUCGAGCUGAAGGAGACCGAGCGCUACCACGUGCUCAAGAACCUCGAGUCGAACACGGAGUAUGUGGUUUCGCUGAGGGCGCGCAAUGUGAAGGGCGAUGGCCCGCCGAUCUACGACAACAUCAAGACCCGCGACGAGGAGCCCAUCGACGUGCCGGUGCCGCUGGAGGUGCCCGUGGGCCUGAGGGCCAUCACCAUGUCAAGCUCCUCGAUCGUUGUCUACUGGAUCGACACGAUGCUGAACAAGAACCAGCACGUGACCGACAACCGCCACUACACGGUCAGCUACGGCAUCACGGGAUCCAGUCGCUAUCGCUACCACAACACCACCGAUCUCAACUGCAUGAUCAACGACCUGCGGCCGAACACCCAGUACGAGUUCGCCGUCAAGGUGGUGAAAGGGCGCCGCGAGUCCGCCUGGUCCAUGUCGGUGCUGAACAGCACCUACCAAAAUGUGCCAGUGACGCCGCCGCGGGAGGUAACUGUGCGCCUGGACGAGGAGAAUCCCCCCACGGUGAUCAUCCAGUGGAUGCCGCCGAAGCACACGGUGGGCCAGAUCACCGGCUACAACAUCUACUACACGACGGACACCACGAAGCGGGACCGGGACUGGUCCAUUGAGGCCUUCGCCGGCGAGGAGACCAUGCUGAUGCUGUCCAACCUGAAGCCCUACACCACCUACUACUUCAAGGUGCAGGCGCGCACCACCAAGCAGCAGGGCAACAACAAUGCCCCCUUCUCCGCUCUGGUGUCCUACACGACCACGGCUGCGGUGAUCAUGCAGGAGGCGGACACCAUUGCCAAGGGCAUCGACAACGAGCAGCUGCUGUACAUCAUCGGAGCCACGGUUGUGGUGCUGCUGGUUGUCCUCAUUGCCAUUCUAUUCCUCUGCCGCAGCAAGCCCCAAUCCUCCCCGGAGCAUACGAAAAAGAGCUAUCAAAAGAACAACGUGGGAGUGCCAAAGCCCCCAGAUCUAUGGAUCCAUCACGACCAGAUGGAGCUGAAGAACAUUGACAAGGGUCUGCACACGGUCACGCCCGUCUGCAGCGAUGGGGCCUCGAGUAGUGGGGCCCUGACCCUGCCCCGCUCGGUGGUCCACAGCGAGUACGAGGUGGAGACGCCUGGCGGAGUGCCUGGGCAUGUGACCAACUCGCUGGACAAGCGCUCCUACGUGCCCGGCUAUAUGACAGCCACUUCGAUGAACUCUACGAUGGAGCGCCCGCAGUAUCCGAGGACCCAGUACAGCCACCAGAACCGCUCGCACAUGACCAUGGAGACGGGCCUCUCGCAGCAGAGCCUCUCGCAGCCGAACCAGAACAGCUCGCUGGCCCAAACGCCCGAGCACCCGUACGGGGGCUACGAUGCCAGCUUCUGCAAUGCCGGCAAUGGAGCCGCUGGCAAUGGCUGUGUGUCCACCAUCGAGAGUGCCAAGCGCGGGCAUCCGCUCAAGAGUUUCAGCGUUCCAGGGCCACCGCCCACUGGGGGAGCCACGCCCAUUAACAAGCACACUCCUGCCGUAACAAUACGUCCACAGAACCAGUCGCCCUACAAGAAGCCAUCGUUCUCGGCCGCCACGCCCAAUCGCUUGCAGGGCGGCGGGUCGGUGGCACACUCGACCGACGAGAUCCAGAGACUGGCACCGAGCACAUCCACCGAGGAGCUCAACCAGGAGAUGGCCAAUCUGGAGGGUCUCAUGAAGGAUCUGAGCGCCAUCACGGCCAACGAGUUCGAGUGUUAACAGUGAAGCGGCACCUGCCCCGCCCCCACCCCCCUACCACCCACUACAAGUAUUAGUCGCGAAAACAAUUUAUGUUACUUGUUUUUUAGUUUCUGUUGGGCACCAAUCGAGUUGGAUUGAGCACCGGACAGGUCUGCAUUUAGUCUUAGUUAACCAUGUGGGAUAUAAAUGAAUGAACGAUCGAACGACGAGAACUGUAAAUACGAACGACGCCGCCAUAUACAUAUUUAAGCCUAGAUACACACAUCCAUAAAUAUAAAUAGCAUCUUAGUAUAGUUAGUUAACGAUUAAGCAACAAAAAAACCGUGUAAAAACAUACAGCCAGUGCAGAAGUGCGUUCAUUGUGUGCAGGAUUGACUGAACUGGCUACCACAUGACUUUUCAUAUUUAUCACACUGCAGCACCUUCAUUUCAUACGCAUGCAGAUCCGCUUUAGUCUCUAAGUCUACAUAUUGUAUUCAUAUGGUACAUAUGCAUUUACAUCUACGUCUAAGCUAAAUUUCGUACUAUUUAUGCCCCUAGGAACGUAACUUUUAUACUAAUCUAUGUAUUACUACACCCAAAAAAAACAAUCAAAACAUUCGGUAUCAAUUUUUAUCUUAAAGUGUCUUCUGUAUUUUAUCCUUAUCUUCAACUUAUUCUUCAAGUUGGAAACGUGCCAUUUAAACAUUUGUCGCAUACCCCAUACCACACGCCACACACGCAACACACAACUACUUAAGCUAUGAAGUCGAGAUCCAGAUUCUAGACUGUAA